GCAGGUCCCCACCCCACAUCCAUGAUAUCCCCACCCCACAUGGAUGCCCUCCCCCCACUCUUUUUUACACCCCGCCGCCCCGCAGGGCAUCGGCUGCUACAUGUUCCGCAUCGACGACGCGGAGGUGGUGGACGCCACGAUGCACGGCAGCGCCGCGCGUUUCAUCAACCACUCCUGCGAGCCCAACUGCUACUCGCGGGUCAUCCACGUGGAGGGGCACAAACGCAUCGUCAUCUUCGCCCUGCGCCGCAUCCUGCGGGGCGAGGAGCUGACCUACGACUACAAGUUCCCCAUCGAGGAGCCCGCGGCCAAGCUGCCCUGCAACUGCGGGGCCAAGCGCUGCCGCCGAUUCCUCAACUGAGGGAAGGGGGUGGGGGGUGGUGGUGGAUGGGGGUCUU